AUGUCGAAACAGUUAACCUUGUUUGGGAAAAGGGCUAGCGUGGAAGCCUACUUCAAAGAUCCAAAAAAUGAUUACGAACGCUUUGUUAAUAGAAAGUGGGAAGAAACGCAUGAAAAGUUUGGUAGGAAACAUGAUUUCCUUCAAGCAGUGUUAAAGGACUGGGAUAGCGUUAAAAAUGAUCCUAGUGCAGUAAAGAAAUAUUUGGAACAUCGCCCGCCUCCGUCUAAAAGUAUUGCACGUUCUAGUUUUGUAAACCUGAUUUCCAAAUCCCCUGUCUCAACAGUUUUGGCCAAGAAUGUCCGCACUCAAUCUACUAGCCCUCCUUUGCAAUCAACUUGCACGUUUCCUUGUCAGUCAACCAUUGCUAACGUCCCAAAUGAUCUAUCUGGUCGUGCUCAAUAUCUUGAAUCACAUGAACAUGAGUUAAUCAAGACGUUUAUGGUAGAAAUAGGUUCCAAUCAACAGGACUCAUUUUUCACUGACGAUAUUCUUAAUGAUGAAUCUCUUUUAAAAACACUUGCGUCUUUGUCCUAUUCUUGGAAUACCUUUUCUCCGUUGAAAAAAACGUACAUGGCUUUUUCACUAAGAGUUAGAGAAACAAAUUUAAAAAUUAGAUUGGAAGAAAUAGAUUCCGUAUGCAGUGAAUUGGUGGGUCUACUGAAACAAUGUACCAAGCUAAAAACAUUGCACACAAUGACAGCAUCUCUGAUUAGCCAAACUUACCUUACGAAACUGGAAGUAAUCAAGAAUAUCGUCUUUAAAGUUGGGCAGUUGAAUAUGAAAGUCGCUGAUAAAAACAUUUUAAGUGAUCUUCGCCGUCGCAUCAAACAGCAAGAUGGAAGCAAGUUAAGUCUCACCAGUCGCAAACCAGAUGAGUUACACGCAUGUUUUUGUUAUAAUAAUACAAAUUUGACGUGGGAAGAAGCGUUUGACAACAUUAUCAUAAUGGAAAAUUCUGGAAUAACUCAGGACCCAUUAUCAACUGACCAGUUAAGAGCUAUUGCGAGCAUAACAUCUGAAAAUAUUGUGACGAUGCCUGAAGAAACUGGCUGCGUUAUGACAAACGAUGCACUCCAUCAGAUCUUAAAACUUAUGCCCGUAAUGCUUUUGCAAACUAAAACUGGUGCAAUAUUUCUAAAUCUUCACGAGUUUGUCUACACGCCCGGUGCGAUUGAGGCUCUGUUGCUCUGUAGUGACAUCCAUGACGAUAUGGAUAGUGAUUCUGAACUUCACGACCAUUCGGACUUGAGUGAGACAUGUACUCGUCCAACAACCGGCGACCAAAGUGCGAAAACAACUCCUGGUCAACCUUCCAUUUGUUCAAAAUUUCCGGACUUGGUGAAUAUUGCUGCAGAUUUUGUAAAACAGCAUGGGUUUGCUGCCCAAAGUCGCCGUCGCACAGGAACUGGGAGUAGUUCUGGUGUUUCGGUGGCACAAAUUCGUGAACAUCUUUUAGACAAAGUCCCGGGAUUGAGAGAGCAUGGCAUAUCGACUUCAACAACUAGAAGAUUGUUUCAUGCGCCCGACAAAGGCAACGUAGCUAGCCAUAGAUACAAGGCCUUGAUUGACGCGCGAGUUGGCUGUAAGAAAAACAGCUAUCGCGAGUACCAUCCGGACAGUCACUAUUUGUUCGCCCGAAACAAGCAACGCCGAGAAUUCUGCACAAUGCUCGAUGCCGAUUCUUGCAUACUAAGUAUGGAUGACAUGGCCAAGAUAAAAGUUGGUGCUCCUGCUGUUUCAAGGUACCAUCAGAUCCGCCGAAUCUUCCAUUCAUCUGAUAUGCCAAACCUCAACGACCAUGACUUCCCCGUUCCAAAUUACCUUUUGUCUGUGUCUGGGUACAUGUUUCUGGAGGGAGCUUCAGCCGAAGAUGAUACCAACUCUUUCUCCGAGACUGCCUAUGAUACCACACGGAAUUCGAACGAAAACAUUGAAGAAGUGAAAUUGGGCGAGGUUGCUGAUAAUCUGUGGUCUGUUUUGAUAGAACAAUGCAAAACACAAUUAAACGUAAACGUAAGUGAAGAAGAUCUUAAAGAUGUUAUAGCAAACGAAUUAACAGAAAACGGGAAUAUUUAUCGUUCUAAAGUAGAUAUUAAUAACCUCGCAGAUCUAUUCAAGAAUUUGUCGUCCGCGAAUAAUCUUGAUGUUGUAACCGAGGCUAUAAGUUCACAAUUCCAAUGUGACAUUAUUAGAUUUAAAUCUAAUGGGGCCAAAGAAGUUUUGAAAGGAAGACUUGAUUCAAGUAGCAAACAGUCGCCAUUGUACUACGGAUUUAAGGAGACUGACGGUCGUUUUUAUCAUGUGCGUUUUCCUGAAGAAAGCAUCGAUACGUACAAACCAAGUGUCACUAAUUUGGCGAGUAAGAACUUGAAACAUGAUGGACUUGGUCGUCUACAUCUUGACACACCAUACUCAGGUCCAACUCAUCUAAAGAUUCGAUCGCACAAAUACAACUCUACCACUGCGGCAACCCAUGUGACCGACCUUUAUAACAUUCUCAAACCAUGUGAAGAUGAAAAGUCCAUCUUUAUGUUCCUGGCAGAUGGAGGACCCGAUUUCAACUCUUCACAUAUAGCUAACUCAUUAUUCUACUACCGACUUUUCAAAAAACUGGAUGCAGAUAUAUUGGAUGUUAUGACAUACGCUGCCCGUUACUCUGCUUUUAACGCGAUCGAACAUUGUUGGUCUCUUGCAAGUAAUCAUCUUGCCGGUGUAGUUUUUUCCCCGCUUGUGGAUGAAGAUACCGCCGCCCCUGCAUUACAAAGUGGUUUAGACGAAGAAGUCCGUAAACAAAAAGAAAAAGUUAUCUUUGAUCGAGCAAUGAAUGCAAUGGCUAGUCAGCACUGGUAUAAUCUCACCUUUGAUGAUUUUCCAGUUAACGUUCAACCAGUUAUGGUAGAUGAAGACAAUUUACUUUAUGAUGACUAUGACCGAGUCCGGGCGUGCCUUAAGUGCCCUUUGAGGUCUCUUCACGAGUACAGUAAUAUUGUUAAUGAAAUGAAAGGAAUGCUACGUCACAUAGAUCGCCACUUGAAUGAAAUAAUAUUUAUUAAAUGCAGUGACAAAUCCUGCUGUGGUGAAUUUCGAUCUCAAGCAGCCAAAGAUUUCUUGGGAGAGGCAAUGAGGCUUCCAUCCCCAUCACAAAGUUCUGUGUACAAGGGUCGUUACAACACAUUCCUCCAGGAAACCAUGAAUACGAGUAAGCGCUUCGGUGAUACAGGACAACCAAAUGCGGAAAAAAAGGCACUUGGAAGUUGUCCAAUUUGUCCAUCUUUUUCUUUUAAAUCGAAGACUGAGAAGGAUAGACAUCACAGCAUGUUUCAUCGCCGCCAGAAGUUACGGUCCAAAGAGGUUCAACGUAUCUACUGCUCAUUUGAAGGAUGUGGAAAAAGUUUUGGUUCACAGCCGUCCCUUAGCCGGCAUCAAACUAAAGUAAAUCAUCGAGCAAGAGACAAGCCUAAAGCAACCAACAAGUCCAGGAUCUCUAAACCUGGGAAAGCAAGCCAGUCAUCUAUAUCAGACAUGUUGAGACAGCUCAAGAGCAAGGAGUUGCAGGAAGGAAAGGAAGGUGACAAGCCAUGCGCAUUGGCGGAAUGUGAUGUUGCGUCGCUGGUUGGGAAUCGAUUUCGAUGGAUACAGUGCGACGAAUGUGAUGAGUGGUACCACGACCACUGCGUUGAGUUACAGCAUCACAUGGACGAUGCGUUAGCUGAGUUGACAUUUGUUUGCAAACAAUGUGAAUCCAUGGAUCAAGACAUGCAAAAAAUGACUGCUUUAAUAUUUGUACAUCGUCAAGUUUGA